AUGACGUUGAUAUUCCGUGACUGCAUCGGACGAUACAUUCACAUAUACCUUGACGACAUAUUCGUGUUCUCCGAUACAAUCGAAGAGCACGAACGCCACCUGGAAAUCGUAUUCUGUAAGCUGAGGGAGGCAAAGCUCUACCUUAGCGAGACGAAGUGCGACCUAUAUUCAUGGAGCAUGGACUGCCUAGGUCAUCUAAUCGAUGACCAAGGACUCCACGCAGACUCAGACAAGAUGAGCCGUAUUCGCGAAUGGCGAAUACCCCGAUCUUACAAAGAAGUACAACGCUUCCUAGGGCUCGUGAACUACCUAGGACACUUCAUGCCCGAUGUAACGGCGUACACCUCGCCAUUGUCGGACAUGGCUCACAAUGACCGAGCAUUCGUGUGGUGCCCAAUGCACACCAAAUGCUUUGAAAUGAUCAAAGCUUUGGCGUGCAAGGCACCCAUCCUGAAGCCAAUUGACCCACGUCAACCAGAACCCAUCUGGGUGAUAUCUGAUGUGUCACUAUACAGUGUUGGAGCGAUGUAUGGACAGGGACCAGACUGGCGAACCUGUCGCCUGGCUGGCUUCCUGUCGAAGAAAUUCACGAGUGCGCAACAUGCUUAUAAGACCUAUGAGCACGAGGCACUCACGAUACUGGAAGCUCUCCUCAAAUGGGAGGACAAACUACUUGGCCGACCAAUAAUGAUCGCGACCGACCAUCAGACAUUGAAGUAUUUCGAAGGCGUAACCAAUCCAAUGAAUCGACAGAUUCAUUGGAAUGAGUACAUGUCUCGAUUCCAAUACAAAAUCCAGUACAUAGAAGGCGCGACCAAUAAGGUCGCGGACUGUCUAUCUAGGUACUACGAGAACAACAAUGCGGAUGAAUUCGCACCCAUCCAGGACUAUGCGAAUGCAGACGCUCGUCUAGACCCUGAGUGGGAUGACCUACUAUCCAACCGUAUUGCUGAGCUGCGCACCGGAACAAUCCAGCACUCAGCACAGCUGCCCAAGGAGGUGCAGGAGUCAAGGGAUCAGGAGGCCAGCGAAAUGGCCUCCCACCUGCCCCUAGUAACACCAACCACAGGUGCAAAGGACGAGGAUCCGACGAUUGCCAAAUCACGCACCAACGGACCUCCACUGAAGGCCCACUUGGAACAGGAUACCCCAUUCGUGGCCGCCGUCCAAAAGGGCUACGGCAAGGACCCAUUAUUUAGGAAGGUCGUUGAAUCCCUAACGGAAUUCAGCGCCUUCGUAAUCCGGGACAAGACAAUAUAUACUAAAAACUGCCAGGAUGAAGAAGUUAUCUGCAUCCCGAGGGUUCUGUACCAUCAUCGAAUGAUGACUGAGAUCAUCAUCGAUAGAGGGCACACGACCAUAGGACACUACGGCCCACAGAAGAUGUCGGAAUACAUCCGACGGUGGUUCUGGUGGCCUAGGAUCGGACGCGAUAUCGAAAAAUUCUGCGUGAUGUGCGGGGCCUGCCAAACGGCAAAGCCUCGCAAUCACCUGCAAGCAGGAUUACUUCAUUCCUUGCCGAUUCCAUGGUUUCUGUGGAAUUCGAUAGCAAUGGACUUCGUCGGUCCAUUUCCGCGAUCAAAGGGAUAUGACUACCUAUGGGUAGUCAUAUGCCGCCUUACAUCAAUGGUACAUCUGGUCCUCGUGAAUAUGACGAGCACGGCCUUGGACAUAGCUGAGCUCUAUGUCCGAGAAAUUGUGCGACUACAUGGGAUGCCCGAGUCCAUCGUCUCGGACCGGGACUCGAAGUUCACGUCGAAAUUUUGGCGUGAACUACAUCGACUCCUGGGUGUGAAGCUACUCAUGUCGACGUCAUUCCAUCCGCAAACUGACGGGCUGUCUGAGUGGACCAUCCGAUUGGUAUCCCAAAUCCUACGGUCCAUCGUGUCUCCCAAUCAAUUAGAUUGGAUAGACCAGAUCCCGAUGGUUGAGUUCGCAUUGAACUCAGCCAUGAGCGCAACCACAGGAUUUGCCCCAUUUGAACUUAAUUAUGGAUACUUGCCGCGAAUGAUUGGAGGCCUGCAUGGAACCACGAAAUUCGUGGGUGUGCAGGAAUUUGCCCAAUGA